AAAAUAACAAUGCUGUUACUGUUCGUGCCUGAAAUUCAACUCUACUUUGUCCAGUAUUUACACAAAGAAUUACUUAAAUAUUUCCAUGAAACAGAAGAAAGUAAGCUCAUAUAUUAAAAUUACACCACUAUGGCUAAAAAUCCACAGACAUUAUUUUUCUAAGAAAAGAAAAUAUAUCACUAACUGCCAGACUUAGACAAGAUGAAAACAAAGCAACAAAAACAUCUAGAAAAAUCCAGAUAAUUGAAAUGUGCAUUCUAUUCACUGUUUUUAAAGAAAUGGCUAUAUUUGGAAAAUUUGAAAAAAGCAAUCAUAAAAUUACCUUCUUUCUCUACAGUGGCUAUGAAUUUAUAGCUUGUAGAAUUAAAAUUAGUGAAGAAAAAUAAAAUGCGAACCCAAAAUAGAUGGACGUGAAAUAUAGCUGUAUCACUAUUCAUGGUAGUAGGACCUCAAUAUUUGAUCUGUUUCAUUUUAUAUGCUCCCUCACAUCACUUUGGUGUAAUUUCUUUCUUUCUUUUUUUUCUUUCUGGUGUAAUUUCUUUACAAUAUUUUCUAGAAGGUCUAAUUUAUUAAAUUAUACUUCAGAAACUUUUCUCAGUGGAAAGAAUAACAGAAAAAGAUUCAGGACACCCCUCCAAAAAUACCUAUUGGUUUAAUGGUCGGAUUCUAGUCAAUAGUUGUUGUUGUGGAGUUUUUAUUUUUCUUUUAUUAAAAAUUGUUUUUAAUUGUCUUUUGAAUGUUUUUUUGAAAGUUACCAAUUUUAUGACUUGAUUUCAGGCAAGUUACAAGCACUCGAAUAAAGAGAUAGCCUCAACUAUCAUUUGCAAAGCACAAUCUAGUUAAAAAUAAUUUCAGACCAUAUUCUUUAAUUGGGGACAUAAAAUAACAAAUGAGAUCUUCCAACACAGAUAAAAAUUCAAAAAUAAAUUAUAACUGUGGGCUAAAACAUAAUAUUAAAGGAAAAGAAAGCCUUUUUGUCAGCACCCAAAUAAUUCCUCCUCUGUAUACAAUUACACAAAAGCAUUUUCAGCUUUCAGGUUUCGACAAAUCCUGUUGUAACAACAACUCCCUCCCUUCCCCGCCUCUCCUUUCUUAAUUCUCCCACAGCUCAAAAAAUGGGAUGGAGAACCUGGUAUUUAUCUUCUAGCACCAUCAGCAAUUUCUACCUCCGAUUUCCAUGGUGCUCUUUAUCUGCAAGUUUACUUGUUGGAGCUUUGUCACUAAUACUCAGAAGCUGUGAGAUGAGCCUCAUGUGUGUAGCUUCUCCUCAUCAUACAGCUAAUUUGAAGACAACUGACAGAAGGGAGUUAAGACACUGAAGGCUACUGGCAAAAAGCCUUUGUUACUUGGUUCUCUGCUGCACAGAUAUAGCUAUAAUUUUGAUCAAAGGCCAUCAUAAUCAAAUACAGGGUCACCGUGGACAAAGAUAAAGGUGACGUCAUGGCAUCAGCAGGGCUCCAGCUCCUUGCUUUUGUCCUGGCCUUAUCUGGAGUCUCUGGAGUGCUCACAGCCACUCUGCUGCCUAAUUGGAAGGUGAAUGUGGAUUCGGGCUCCAACAUCAUAACAGCCAUUGUACAGCUGCAAGGGCUUUGGAUGGACUGCACAUGGUACAGCACCGGUAUGUUCAGCUGUACCCUGAAGUUCUCCAUUCUGUCCCUCCCCAUCUACGUGCAGGCUGCACGGGCCACCAUGGUCCUGGCGUGUGUUCUGUCUGCUUUGGGGAUCUGCACUUCUACAGUAGGAAUGAAAUGCACUCGCUUAGGAGGGGACAGAGAAACAAAGAGUCAUGCUUCUUUUGCUGGAGGAGUCUGUUUCAUGUCUGCAGGGAUCUCUGGUUUGAUACCAACAGUGUGGUACACAAAGGAGAUCAUAGCAGACUUUCUCGAUCUGACAGUUCCAGAAAGCAACAAACAUGAACCUGGAGGAGCCGUCUAUAUUGGAUUCAUUUCGGCCAUACUGCUGUUUGUCUCUGGCAUGAUUUUCUGCACUUCCUGUAUUGAAAAGAAUCCAGAAGCUUGGCUCUAUCCACCCAAGCAGCAACAUAUCCCCGCCACACAACUAGAGGGCAAUUCAGCAUACAACCUGAAAGAUUAUGUGUAAAUAACUGUGUAAUGCGUGUGGAAUUUUUAGCUGCCUUCUGUGACUUAUGUCUUCUUAUUUUAGAAAAAAAUAUAAAUGAGGUCAUUUAAGAUGCCGACAAAUUAUUGUGUACAAUUACAUAUCUGUUUUAAGAUUAUUUUUCCAUUACUAUUUUCAUGUUUAUCUAGGGGUUUAUAAUUGAGAGAAGUUCUGUUAUAUUAAAGCAAUUAAUUGGUGGCUUUUUCCCCCCUUUUUAAGAUAAACUGUUGAUGUAUCUUCUGAAUUGUUACUGAAAUGGAUUUUAUAAAAGAACUAAAUAGCCAAGUAUAAAAAACAUCUUUCUCUGGUGUUGAUCUAGGGUGUCAUCUGCUUUUGUGGUCUGUCUGCAACACCACAGAGACUUUCUCCUGUUUUCAAGCCCCACUGUUUGAAUCUAAGGGAAAGAAGAAAUGUCCACCUUUCUUAGAUGUUGCCCAAAAUAGCCUCCCCAAGUUCCCACCUACUGUGACCUCUCUGCUUCCUUUUUCAUUUUAGAAAUAUCUGUGUCCAGGUGUGGAAGCCAACAACAGGAUAUUCAAAGAUUAGGUAGGCAGAACAAAGGAAAAAGAAAUUGGUAAAUGCUACCAUAACAAAGCAAAACCAAACCAAAUGCAAACUGACACCUCUAGGACUUUAAAACAUUAGGUACAAAGUAAGUGAGAAUAAACAUAGUUUGCUUUAGGAUGCUCAAGAAGUGCCGUCUUCUGCUGCUAGCAAGAGGAUGCUCCAGAUUAAGUUCAUUGAUCCUACAACAAUUCAGAUCCCUUCACUUCCCUCUCAUUUAACCUCUCACGGAUUACUAUUAGGAUGAUAAAAGUUACUUUCAAGUUGUCGUUUUUGUUGUCAUGUUUGAUUCACGUUAACAAAAACACUGCUGUUCUCAAAUGAACUGUUUCAAUUAGUUACUAGAAUUAUUUCAAAGUAUUAAAGAAUGUUUUUAAAAAUAUAAAUUAUGACACACAAUUCAAAUAUCUUAACAAGAAAACAAAACCUGGAUUUUCAAAUGUGCAAAGGGGACACUGCACACUGUUGUUUCUAAUAAUUCAUGCAAUUUAAACUUAGUCAUUGCUCACCAUGUACUGGCGAAGGGGGUAAAAAGGACUAUUUUCUUUGUGUAUUAGUAACUCGGGAAGUGGGAAGAAUAUCUUUUAUAUGGGUACAUAUUUUUCAUUUGUGCCUAAGGAAGUAGAGACUAAAAUAUUUUAUACCUACUUUACUUAUUCUCUUUUGCAACAAUGUCAUUAGCUACUAGUAGAAUAGCUAGGGAUGUCUGGGUGGCUCAGGGGUUAAGCAUCUGCCUUAGGCUCAGGAGGUGAUUCUGGAGUCCUGGAAUCAAGUCCUGCAUCGGGCUCCCUGUGUGGAGCCUGCUUCUCCCUCUACCUGUAUCUCUGCCUCUCUCCCUCUCUUAUGUCUCUCACGAAUAAAUAUAUAAAAUCUUAAAAAAAAAAUAGAAUAGCUAAAAUGAAAAGGUACUAUUUCAUAUGAGAAUUAGGAAAAGACUAAACAAAUUUAAAUAACUGAAGUGUAGAUUCCUUUUGGAUGAUCAAAAUAUUUUGUAAAUAAAUGUCAUACUAAAAAUAACUGAUAAAAAUAAUAUUUUUAUGCAAAUUAAUGGGACAGGAUUGCUUUGACAUCUAUAUGGCUCUCUCAUUUGGCUUAAUGUUCCUUGCUUUAUAUGUAGUUUAUGUAUCCCACAGUCCUAUACUAAAAGUUUAGAGUAUAUAUUCUACAAAAAUCUAUAUGUACUUCAAAAAAAUAAUUUUUAUUUAGUUCUGGAAUGUUUUCUUAAAUAGACACAGGAAUGUUUUGAACUCCAGAAAAGCAGCCAUUUCAUAUAAAUAAUGGCCUAAUUCUAUCUAGACUGGACACAGCAUUGAGCAAAUGGUUUGAGUCCUUCCAUCCCUGUAGGAUUCCCCCCUGCUGCAUGCCUCCACCUGGAAUCCUCCUACACUUACCCUCUGCCUGCCCAAGCUAUGACUCAUCUUUCAGGGUUCAUGCGGAGUUUCCUUUGUGAACACAAUCCUGACUCCUUGAAGAAGUUUGCUGUUUCCAUCUCUUUACUCUCAGAGAAUGCUCUAUUAUAAUAAAUUAUCGGUUUACAUGAUUGCAUUUCCAAGUAGAC